GUGUCGGCUGACAUUGAGUAAUAGGUAUUUUAAAGCCAUUUUCAAUUGUUUGGUAAAUUUUAAUCGAUCAAGCGCGAUCGUUGUAGAAGGAGGUUUCGGUGCGGCAAGUGAAUCGAAGAAGUGCGAACGAGCAAGUGGGUUAGUGGGUUGCGGAAAGUUUACAGUGAGAAAGAAUGGAUGUUCCGGUAGAUGCACAGGAGCUGGCGCUGCCGCCAAUUGAGGCGUUCAAGAACUGCCAGUAUCAUGUACGGGUUAGCGGUACAACGGAUUUGGAUAAACGGGUUAUGUCGUUCGUGGACAACCUGUGGGGGUUCGAGGUGACCGGAGGUAUUGAUCAAUAUGAACCGUUGACGGUUAUCAUGGUGAAACGUGAAGGUUUGGCGAGAAGAGCCGGCAUUCGAGUUAACGAUGUGAUCACUAAGAUUAACGACACCAACGCGGAAAAGUUGACUCUGGGUCAAGCACAGGAACUGAUCGCGGAGUCGGGACGGACGGUGAAAAUUUUCGUGAGGGGAGAUGUGGAAGAAGAAAGUGAAGAUGAGAUGACUGUGGACUAUUGGUUCAAACCCUUAAGCGAUGCCGAGCGAGCUAUGUUGGAUUGGGAAGCUCGCAUGCGAGCUAACCGAAAUCCGGGCAAAUGGAAUGGGCUGUGGCCAUGGAAUGAUCGCAAGAAAGUAGUCUAUAAAGAAUCCAACUGUUACAUGGUACCAAGCGUGGCAGAGGACAAGCGCGAGCGGGAACUAAGUAUGCGCGUUUCAGAAGCCGAAUACAAGAGGCACCUGGAGCAGCAGAAAGCCGAAGCUGAGAGGAAAGCCGAAGAGCAACGUCUGGAAGACGAACGAAGGGCCGAGGAACAGAGGAAAGCCGAAGAGGAGGCCUUCUUGGCAAAGUUCGAAGCAGAGCAGAAGCGGCUACAGGAGCAAGAAGCUCAGCAGGUCGAGGCCGAAGCACAUGCGGACCAGUACAUUGAAGAACUGAUGCAACAGCAGGAUGAUCUACUAACAGAAGAUGUGAGCACCGAUGUGCUGGAACCGGAAACCGAAACCGAAGCGCAAGAAGAUGCUGCAGAGUAAGAUGAAGGAAAUUUGGCAAGAGUUGAGCUCUUCUAGGUUUAGGUAACAUAAACAUUCGCGCAAUGUUUGAUAUUUACAUGUAAAUACCGAAACAUAUUUACCACUUAUUUGUCAAAUAUAUAUUGUUUUAAACA